AUGCUUAUCCACCCCAACCUUCUAAAUCCCAACCUUAGGGAGAGACAGGAACAUAUCCACCCCAACCUUCCAAAUCCCCACCUUAGGGAGAGGCAGGAACAUGUCCACCCCAACCCUCCAAAUCCCCACCUUAAGGAGAGGCAGAAACAUGUCCACCUCAACCUUCCAAAUCCCCACCUUAGGGAGAGACAGGAACAUAUCCACCCCAACCUUCCAAAUCCCAACCUUAGGGAGAGACAGGAAUAUAUACACCCCAACCCUCCAAAUCUCCACCUUAGGGAGGGGCAGGAACAUAUCCACCCCAACCUUCCAAAUCCCCACCUUAGGGAGAGACAGGAACAUAUCCACCCCAACCUUCCAAAUCCCAACCUUAGGGAGAGACAGGAAUAUAUACACCCCAACCUUCCAAAUCCCCACCUUAGGGAGAGGCAGGAACAUAUCCACCCCAACCUUCCAAAUCCCAACCUUAGGGAGAGACAGGAAUAUAUACACCCCAACCUUCCAAAUCCCCACCUUAGGGAGAGACAGGAACAUAUCCACCCCAACCUUCCAAAUCCCAACCUUAGGGAGAGACAGGAGAGGCAGCAACAUGUCCACCCCAACCCUCCAAAUCUCCACCUAAGGGAGGGGCAGGAACAUAUCCAUCUCAACCCUCCAAAUCUCCACCUAAGGGAGGGGCAGGAACAUAUCCAUCUCAACCCUCCAAAUCCCCACCUUAGGGAGAGGCAGGAAUGUAUUCACCCAAACCCUCCAAAUCCCCACCUUAAGGAGAGGCAGGAACAUAUCCAUCUCAACCCUCCAAAUCCCCACCUUAGGGAGAGGCAGGAAUGUAUUCACCCAAACCCUCCAAAUCCCCACCUUAGGGAGAGACAGGAACAUAAUCAUCUCAACCCUCCAAAUCCCCACCUUAAGGAGAGGCAGGAACAUAUCCAUCUCAACCCUUCAAAUACCCACCUUAGGGAGAGACAGGAACAUAUUCACCCCAACCCUCCAAAUCCCCACCUUAGGGAGAGACAGGAACAUAUUCACCCAAACCCUCCAAAUCCCCACCUUAAGGAGAGACAGGAACAUAAUCAUCUCAACCCUCCAAAUCUCCACCUUAGGGAGAGGCAGGAACAUAUCCACCCCAACCCUCCAAAUCCCCACCUUAGGGAGAGGCAGGAACAUAUACACCCCAACCCUCCAAAUCCCCACCUUAGGGAGGGGCAGGAACAUAUCACAUUACACAUUUCACUUGGAUAA